GCCGUCCCCAACUUAUCUUUCCCCUAUUCUCUCUCCCUUUUUCUCUCCCAAGGUUAUGAAUUGCAUAUGAAACCCUCAAAAACCAUCAAAUGGCAUCCGAUCGUAGUUGGAUUACUCGUAGUCGAUAUAAUGAGUCAAGAUAUUUAACGGACGAAUAUAAGAAUGGUGUUGAGGAUUUCAUUAGAUUUGCUUGUGAGAAUCUUAGUGGUGGGGUUAUUAGGUGUCCGUGUGGAAAUUGUAAGAAUAAGCAUUAUAAGACUCCUACUGCCGUUAAACUUGAUUUGUAUCGGUAUGGUAUGAUGCAAUGGUAUACUAUAUGGACUGCACACGGGGAGAAAAUGCCGGAAGAAAAAAUCGAGACUAGUACUAGAAAUGUUGGGGAUGGGGAUGAUGAUAUGUAUCAUGACGCCGAUGAUAUGUUAAGAGAUAUUGGGGAAGCAAAUAGGUAUUUUGAGAAUGUUGAUGAUGAACCGAAUCCAGCGGCAAAAGAAUUUUAUAAGAUGUUGCACAGUGCUUCGGAACCAAUUUAUCCAAGUAAUGUCAACUAUACAACCUUUGAGUUCGUGAAUGAGUUACUUCAUUUCAAGAACAAGCAUAAUUGUAGUAAUAAUGGCUUUGAUGAUUUGCUUAAGCUCAUUGGAUCAGUCUUGCCUGACAAUCAUAAACUGCCCCAAACCUACUAUGCUGUGAAAAAUAUGCUUAAAGGAUUGAAUUUGGGAUAUGAAAAGAUUGAUGCUUGUGAGAAUGACUGUAUGUUAUUUUACAAGGAAAAUAGCGAGAAGACGCGUUGUGAUAUAUGCAAAGAAAGUCGAUACAAAGAACCAAAAGAUCUUAACAAAAAAAAGAUCUCACGGAAGAUCUUGCGUUAUUUUCCUCUCACCCCAAGAUUGCAACGUUUGUUCAUGGCUGGGAAGACUGCAAAAUGUAUGAGAUGGCAUCAUGACAGAAAUGUGGUUGAAGGUGAAUUAAGUCACCCGGCAGAUGGAGAUGAGUGGAAACAAUUUGACCGCAGGUUUCCAAAAUUUUCAAAAGAGAUUCGAAAUGUGAGACUCGGACUUUCUACUGAUGGAUUUGAUCCCUUUCGUGAUGCACAUGCGAGAGAUUAUACAGUAUGGCCUGUGGUGGUUGUUAUUUACAACCUUCCCCCAUCUAUGUGCACGAAGGCUCCGUACAUGUUUAUGCCUCUUCUUAUUCCCGGGCCUAAGGAUCCGACAAAAGACUUGCAUGUUUAUCUUAGACCAUUGAUUGAUGAAUUGAAAGACUUAUGGCAGAAUGGGGUGGAAACCUAUGAUAGGUUCUCAUGUUCCAACUUUUUGAUGAGGGCAGCAUUGAUGUGGACAGUUAGUGACUUUCCUGCACUUGCCAUGCUUAGCGGGUGGUCAACUAAGGGGAAGUUGUCAUGUCCAGUUUGCAUGGGUGAGGUAAAGGCCAAACAACUGAAGCAUGGUGGCAAAGUUACCUUUUAUGGCACUUCUAGAUAUUUUUUAGAACCGGAUGAUCCAUUAAGAAGAAGUACGAGGUUUGGAAGUGUUGAGACACGAUCAUGCACAUGUCGUCAUUCAGGAAUAAUUGCAAAGACCAUGUGUGAGCAAAUACAAUUCCCCCCUCCAGGAAAGUCAUCCAAGAAAAAAGCAAGGGAUUAUGGCGUGACACACAAUUGGACUCACUAUUCCCCAUUUUUUGAGCUUCCAUAUUGGGAGACCCUUAGUCUUCGUCAUAACAUUGAUAUCAUGCACACGGAGAAAAAUGUUUUUGACAACAUAUUUUACACGAUUCUUGAUGAUAAGCAAAAGUCAAAAGAUAACUUAAAAUCAAGAUAUGAUUGUCAAGAAUUACGUGUGCAUCGUGAGCUGUGGAUUCAAGAAGAUGGAGCCAAACUACAUGCACCUUAUGUGCUUUCGAAGGAACAACUAAAUAAGUUGUUCAAAUGGAUUGACACAUUGAAACUUCCAGAUGGGUAUGUAUCAAAUCUAUCGAGAUGUUUGAAUUGGGAAAAGAAUUGUAUUCGUGGGAUGAAAUCACAUGACUGUCAUGUUUUCAUGCAAAAGUUGUUGCCAAUCGUUUGUCGUGACCUACUCCCAAGACAUGUGGCGGAUCCUAUUAUCGAGUUGUGCAAUUUCUUCCAAGAUUUGUGCUCAUCUACUUUGAAAUACUCAGAUUUGGUCAAAAUGGAGAAAGAUAUAGUGAGAAUUAUGUCAAAACUUGAAACAGUCUUUAUUCCGGGAUUUUUUGAUCCAAUGGAGCACUUACCACUUCAUUUGGCCACUGAGUGUAAGUUGGGGGGGCCGGCUAAUGGUAGGUGGAUGUAUUUUGUUGAAAGAUAUUUGCACAACUUAAAAUUGAAAGUGAAAAACAAAGCUCGAGCCGAGGGCUCAAUGGCAGAACGCUAUAUCGAGGAGGAAUGCAUACACUUUUGCUCAUUGCAUACACUUUUGCUCUUCUGA